AUUCACUAUGUUAUUUUGACCGAAGCGUCUUGAACGGUCAAGCAGACUACAGAGAGACUGGAAGAUAAAGAGAGCAGGAAGAUAAAGAGAGCCGUUAUACCGUCAUUUAUUUAUUAGUGCUGAGAGAAGAGGCGACGUGUGAUGAGAUGAUAAGCUAAGAGGAUAAAUCUUCCAUCAUGAAUCCUGCUCAAUUCUCAUUUCUCAGAGUUAAUGAAGAGAAAGUCAUCUCAAAGACAGAGCUGUUAUCCAUUUUGAAAACUUAUAACUGCUACCAUGAAGGAAAGAGUUUUCAGCUUCGUCUCCGAGAGGAAGGGGACGAGUUGAUCAUGGAGGGUUUACUCAACAUCUCCUGGGGCCUGCGGAGGCCAAUCAGACUGCAGAUGCAGGAUGACCAUGAGCGCUUUCACUUUGCUAACACAGGAUUAUGGAGUCCAGAGAGCCCAGGGACAGAACAUAGAAAUGAAAACCAAAAGAGUCCCAUUCAGUUGUCAUUUCAGUCCAACAACAAUGAGGUUACUGUACCAGCAAAAAACAAUCAUUUCUACGUGACGGAUCGUUUCCACCACGUACACAUGCUCACCAGUUUUCCUGCAGAUGUUGAUGGUCUUAGCUCAGAAGAGGAAACUCCUCAACUUCCAAGAACGAGAAGUGAUGCCAGCUUCAUGAACGUCCAAAGACGGUCCAAACAACGAUCCUCAGGAGAUUUACAAAGGGUUAAAAGGCAUCGCUUCUCCAUCAAUGGCCACUUUUACAACCACAAGACAUCAAUCUUCACCCCAGCUUAUGGAUCAGUAACUAAUGUCCGUGUGAGCAGUACAAUGACAACACUACAAGUGCUCAGUCUGCUACUGAAUAAAUUUCGGGUCAAAAAUAAAGCAGAUGAAUUUGCCCUCUAUUUUGUCCAUGAAUCAGGAGAAAGGACAAAGAUUAAAGAUGAUGGGUAUCCCUUGGUGUCACGUGUGCUAUAUGGACCAUGUGAAAAAAUUGCCAAACUUUUCAUUAUGGAAACGGAUCUUGGCGAAGAGGUUCCUUAUGAUGUUGCACAGUACAUAAAGUUUGAGAUGCCUGUGUUGAACAGCUUUGUCACCAAACUGAGGGAAGAAGAGGAGAGAGAGAUUUCAAAACUGACACAAAAGUAUGGUGUAUUGAAAUCGAUGAUGCUACAGCAGCUAAAGGAUAUUUCUGAAAGUACAGACUGUGUGUGAGAAGAUAAUUUACUUGAUUUAGUGAGAGGUAUUUACUUGAUUUUGACUGAGAACAUAAUAGAUGCAAUAAGAUUUAUACAUAGGGGUUUGUAAGUACCAAUACCUGAUUUCAUAUAGAAUACUCAGGAGUCACAAAAUGCCAGACGCUACUGUCAAAAUACUUUAUAAAGCACUUAAGUAUUUUUAAAUGCUGUUUUUUUUAGUUAGUGGCCCUUACUGAACGGCUUAUCAUGAGUUUACACUGAAUGUAUUUGGUUGAAAAUAGUACACUAUUAUUGUUUUUUUA